AAAUUUCUUUCUUUUCUUUCUUUCAUCAUUUUUAUAUAUAUAUAUAUAAAAAUUUCUUUUACUUUUCAUUAUCUUUAUAUAUUUUUAUAUUUUCUCUCUCACUUUAUUAUAAAUGAUGACAAUAUUUUGUUUUGUUUUUAAAUUAAUAUUUGAAAGGUUUAAAAGGGGAAGGAAUUUUAAAAGAAAAGUAAUGAAAACUAAAAAACCUCCUUCCCCUUUAUUACCAACAGAAUGUAUGGAACAAAUAUUUAAUUAUCUUUUACAAGUAGAAGAUUCAAAACUUUAUCCUUCAUUACUUGUAAAUCGUUAUUGGUGUAAAAAUGUUGUACCAUUUUUAUGGAAUCGUCCAUUUUCUAUCGUAUCAAAUCAAAAUUGUUUUAAAUUAUUAAGAACCUUCUUUUUAUGUUUUAAUAAUGAAGAAUUUAAUUUAUUAAAUUCUUUAUUAAAUCCUUAUAAAAUUAAAAUUCCUUCCUCAAAUUUUAAUCAUCAAACAAAAUUAAAUUAUUCCAUUUAUUUACAAGAAUUAUCUUUUAAAGAUUUGGAAAUUUGUGUAUCUUCAACUAUUCAUAAAUGGUAUGGAAAAAAUAGUUAUAAUAAUUAUUAUCCUGACCAAAUGAAAAUUUUAUUGAAUUCUUUAUUAAAAUUUUUUUUUAAAAAAUCAACAAAUCUUUAUUCCCUUAAUCUUGAUACAUAUUUUGAUUUUUUAGAUAUUCCAAAUUUUUCUAAUUAUUUUUCUCAAUCACAAUAUGGUUUGUUUCAAAUUACUAAAUUUCAAAUUAUUUAUAAUAAACCUAUAACAAAAAAUACUAUUCAUUUCUUAAAAUUAAUUUCUUUUAAAUGUAAACAAAUUCAUACUUUGGAUAUUAAACUUCAAUCUUAUGAUUAUAAUUCUGAAGUAAUUCAUCAUUUAUCAAAUAUUAUCAUUUCACAAAAUAAUCUUUUAGAAUUUAAUAUUUCAAAUUUUAUGUUAAAUUUUGAACAAAUUUUAAUUUCUUUACAAUCUCAAAAAAAUUUUUUAUAUUCAAUUAAAUUAGAUUGUGUUUAUCUUACUGAAACUUCAAUGAUUUUAUUAAAUAAUCUUCAUAAUUUAAAAAAUCUUUAUUUAUAUUAUUGUGAAGGUUUAUCUAAUACUAUACUUGAUGGUUCCUUUAUUUUACAAAAAUUACAUAUAAUUUAUUCUUUAAAAUUACAAAAUAUUACUUUAUCUAUGUUAAGAGUUUAUGGAAAAUCUUUACGUCAAUUAGGUCUUAAUAUUCAUGAUUUAGAAGUUGCUGGUGAUAUUGCUUUUAAUUAUUGUACAAAUAUUAAUGAAUUGGUUUUAAUUAUUUACAAUCCUACUCAUUUAACUGGUUAUGAUACUUGGAAAAAAGAAAAAUGGAAGGAAAGGCUUGAUCAAUUAGUUUUAUCUCAAAGGAUUAAUUUAUCAUCCCUAUCUAUUCAUGAUAAUAAUUUAGAUAUAUAUGUAAAUAGAUUAUUUUAUACCUGA